GCACCUGAGUUGCGCUGCCCACUAAAGCAGGCAUGCAGUUGACGUUUGACUUUCGAACGGAACUGCUGAUGAAAAAAAAAGUUAGCGCGUACGUCUUAUUAUCAUUUCGGCGGGAUUUUUGACAGGCCGUCUUUCUCUAUUGAAUUUUUUUUUGUGAUUAUUUUUGUGUGUGAUAAAAAAUGUUGACUAAUUAUCGUUUUUGAUAAAGUCAAAAUACUUUCUAGUAUCGUAAUGAAAUAGUUGUGUUAAUAAGUGAAUGUGCAAUUGGAUUUUAAAAAUGAAGCUCACUCGGUGCUUAAUUGGGGCAAUAAUUUGUCUGUUUGCCAUCAUAGAUAUUGUUAAGCCUCUCUGCGUAUUGGAAUCAGAUUUCGGAUUCAAAAUAAACUGCGCCUUCAAAAAGUCCGGCCUGUUUAGGGUACGAAACCUUGGAGGCAUCAAAGCUCACGCUAGUUUAGGAUUCAGUCUCGGUGACGAGCUCGGGUUUGACCAGUCGCUAACAAACCAGGACCCGAGCAGGCGCAGGUCAGUCAGCAUCAAGAAUGGAGCACCCAAUGUCAUCGUUGAUACUACCAAUAGACCGGCUUCUAAACAAGAGAAACGUGGCAAACAGAACAGAAUAAUGAUGCGCCCGGUGCCACCUUCGACCCGGCCAAACCAGGCCGCUAUGAACAAACUGUCCACUCUACACAAACGCGUCUCCACUACAAUGCAACCUAUUAUUGUGUCUGGAUCGACCGCACAAACAAACUCACUGAACAGAGCUCCACCCACUGUCACGAUGGCCAAACCGAUGCCAAUGGGCGUCCCACCCUUCAGACCUCUUCCUCCCAAAGAAGAAACACUCAAAGUACUGCCCAUAGCCACGAGGAAGACCUACACGCCUCUCCAAAUACCUCAAGCACAAUCCCCUGGAGCGUAUGAAAGUGAGAAACAACCCAUUUUACACGAUAACGUAUCAAAAAUGGUCUCGCAAAUGCAUCAACCUUACAAAUCCACUCAAACUAACAUUAAAGUGAACCCAUUCGUUCCCAUGCCUCAAGCCAUAUCUGUCAUACCCGCACCAUCAUUUAACACACCUCACACCUACAAUUCUGUAUCUUUUCCAAAUCCUGUUUCUAAUUUUGUAGACCCAGUACCUCAGCAAGUGCAAGACUUGGCGUACUAUAAUACGAAGAAGGUAGACGAUUACAACAGCAUCAGUGGUUACAGCGAUGAUACGACAUUGAAACUUAACAAAGAAGACAUAAAUGCUAAAAUUGCUGAAAUCGCCAAGGCUGGGAAUAUAUCUAUGGAGGCGGUCGAAGCGGCUAUUGCAUUGCGCCAACAGCAACUGUUGAAUAAGUACGCAAAUAUUCCGGUACCGACAACAACAACUUCGACAACAACAACAGAAGCCCCCAUUGUGUUUGAAAUGCAAGCUGAACCAGAAAUCAUUGUGGCGCCCGCACCAUCGAAACCCAAGAGAAACCCAACAACAGGGAAAGUGAUGAACGCCCCAAGGGAGUACUACCCCGUGGGGUACGAGAAGAAUUUCGAUGAUCACUUCCAGUCCAAAGUGGAUCUGCCCGAUACCAACUUCCACUGUGGUGAUCAGAAGUACUUCCCUGGAUUGUAUGGUGAUGAAAACCUUGGUUGUAUGGUAUUCCACGUGUGCGCCCUCACGGACGACGGCCUGGUGAUGAAGUCCUUCCUCUGCCCGGAGUCCACUCUCUUCGACCAGACCAUCCUCAAGUGCAACUGGUGGUUCUACGUGGACUGCAAGAACACGCAAGCGUUGUAUGACACCAACAUACCGGUGUCCAAGAGUUACCAGCUCAUGAAGGCGCUGACCUUCUUCAGCUCUUAUAAGAAGGAGAUGGAUGUUGGUCGACCGAUGAAUCCAGAAGACGUCGGCGGUAUUAAGGAUGCAAUAUCAAUACUUGAAAAUCAUGACACCAAACCAGCUGAAUCAGAACGAGUAGAGAUCGUCACACCAUCACCUCUAAUAGACGAAAGAAAUAACAAGAAAGAAGAAAUAACCCCAGUAUACCGCGGCAAUAGAGAACUAAACUCCACUGAAAGAAGAACAAGAAGACCACAGAAGUCAGAAGAAUACAAGCUCAUAACUCUCAAUGCGGGAAUUAACUUCAAUAACACCAAAAACACAGAACGUAGAAGAAUCGCUUCAAGAAAUUCAUACUCCAGAAGUUCUACCACUUCCACAUCAACAUCAACAACAUCAACAACAACAUCAACACAAUCACCAACAACAAGUACAACAGAGAAACCGGAAACAAUAGAAAUAAUAAAACAAGAAAUAAAAACACUUGACGAAAUUAAAGACGCCAAAGAGAGUCUAACAGAUCAAAUAGAUACAGAUCCAAUACUGAAGGAAGCAGAACAUUCGCCGCCCGUACGAAGAUUCUACAGAUCGAGUGCGGAAAAGGAAAUAGCCAUAAUAAACAACGAGAAAGUUCAAAUUGUUAGACCUACGCCGUUUCAGGAAAAGUCUAAGCUAGAUCAAGCCGUUUUAGGCAAAACCUACGCUAGAUUCAGACGGGAUGUAUCGCGAGUGUACCGGUAGUGUGUAGUAGUCAAUUAUCUAUUUAGUGUCAUAUGAACUUAUUUAUUUCUUCGAGAACCUGUUGUUGUUGUGUCAUCGACUUAUAUUUCUAUAUCAUGAAUAGUUGUAGAAAAAUAUACAUUUUCUAGCAUAUUGAGUUAUUGGAAUGAAUAGGUUAAAUAUAAUGCAUUUUAGAAGUCUUAGUGUUCUUUGUAUUUUUAGGUGUCUUGAUCUAGUUAUGGCCAAUGGCCUAUGGUUUAUUGAAUUUAGAUAUCCCAUAAUCGAUAAAGAUAUGGGAUCACAUAUCCAUAUUCUGCCUUUUAUAUUUCUUCGUUGAGUAAAACAUCGUCUUUGAUAUCAUUUAGUUUAAGUAUAAACCCAUCAAAGACUGAAUUUUCUGCAUCAACGAAAGGCAUUUGGUUAAAUCUAUCCAUUCUAGAUCCUUCUAGAAAUUCUUCGAUGACACAAAAUAUAAACAACUGGUUCUUAGACUAUUGAGACUCGAAUCAAAUGUACUGAUUUGCGUAGUUGCUCAAUUUUUAUGCUUUAGUUGAGGAUCAGUCAAGUGAUAUUACGGUGUAUGUUUUAGUUGUUAGAAUAAAAACUUGUUUCCUAA